AUGGAUUGGGUGGGCAGAGAGCGUAGCGAUAAGGAGGAUUACUGUGUAAGGGAUUGGGUGAACACAGAGCGUAACGAUAGGGGAGAUUACUGUGUAAGGGAUUGGGUAGACACCGAGCGUAGCGAUAGGGAAGAUUACUUUGUAAGGGAUUGGGUCGACACAGAGCGUAGCGAUAGGGGAGAUUACUGUGUAAGGGAUUGGGUGGAUACCGAGCGUAGCAAUAGGGGAGAUUACUAUGUAAGGGAUUGGGUGAACACCGAGCGUAGCGAUAGGGGAGAUUACUGUGUAAUGGAUUGGGUAGACACCGAGCGUAGCGACAGGGAAGAUUACUAUGUAAGGGAUUGGGUGGACACAGAGCGUAGCGAUAGGGGAGAUUACUAUGUCAGGGAUUGGGUGAACACCGAGCGUAGCGAUAGGGGAGAUUACUGUGAAAGAGAUUAG